AUGGUCCAAUCUGCUGUCUUAGGUUUCCCAAGAAUUGGUCCAAACAGAGAAUUGAAGAAAGCCACCGAGGGCUACUGGAACGGUAAAAUCACUGUCGAUGAACUUUUCAAAGUCGGUAAGGAUUUGAGAGCACAGAACUGGAAGUUGCAAAAGGACGCCGGUGUUGACAUCAUUGCCUCCAACGACUUCUCCUUCUACGAUCAAAUCCUAGAUUUGUCCGUUCUGUUCAAUGUCAUCCCUGAACGUUAUGCCAAAUACGAACUUCCAUUAAUCGACACUUUCUUCGCCAUGGGGAGAGGUCUACAAAGAAAGGCUACCGAAACCUCAAAUGCCGUUGAUGUCACCGCUUUGGAGAUGGUCAAAUGGUUCGACUCUAACUACCAUUACGUCAGACCAACCUUCUCUCACUCCACCGCUUUCAAGUUGAACGGUCAAAAGCCUGUCGACGAGUUCUUGGAAGCCAAGGCUCUAGGUAUCCAAACCAGACCAGUUGUCGUUGGUCCAGUCUCCUUCUUGCAUUUGGGUAAGGCUGACAAGGACUCCUUGGACCUUGCACCAUUGUCUCUAUUGGAAAAGCUUCUUCCAGCAUACAUCGAAUUGUUAAAGAAGUUGGCUGCCGCUGGUGCCACUGAAGUCCAAAUCGAUGAACCAAUCCUGGUUUUGGAUUUGCCACAGAACGUCCAGGACGCCAUCAAGGCUACUUACACCAAGUUGGGUCAAGAAGCUGGUCUACCAAAGAUCACAUUGGCUUCCUACUUUGGUACCGUCCUUCCAAACUUGGCCGCUAUCAAGGGGUUGCCUGUCUCCGGUUUCCACUUCGACUUCGUGAGAGCGCCAGAACAAUUCGAAGAAGUUGCUGCUAUUGUUGGUGACGACCAAGUCUUGUCCGUUGGUAUUGUCGAUGGUAGAAACAUCUGGAAGAACGACUUCAAGAAGUCUUCCGAUUUCGUCAACAAGGCCGUUGCCAAACUUGGUAAGGACAGAGUUGUUGUCGCCACUUCUUCCUCCUUGUUGCACACUCCAGUCGACUUGGAGAACGAAUCGAAGUUGAACCCAGAAUUGAAGGGCUACUUCUCUUUCGCCACCCAAAAGGUUGCUGAAGUUGUUGUGAUUGCCAAGAACGUUUCUGGUGCCGAUGUCAAGGCUGCUUUGGACGCUAACGCUGCCUCCAUCAGUGCAAGAGCCAACUCUACCUUCAUCAACGACUCUACUGUCCAAUCCAGAAUUAAGGCUAUUGACGCCAAGUUGUCGACCAGACAAGCUCCUUUCCCACAAAGAUUGAACGAACAAGUCGAACAGUUCCACUUCCCAUUGUUCCCAACUACCACUAUUGGUUCUUUCCCACAAACCAAGGACAUCAGAAUUAACAGAAACAAGUUUGUCAAGGGCACGCUCUCUCCUGAGGAAUACGAAAAGUUCAUCAACUCUGAGAUCGAGAAAGUUAUCAGAUUCCAAGAGGAAAUUGACCUAGACGUCUUGGUUCACGGUGAACCAGAAAGAAACGAUAUGGUCCAAUACUUUGGUGAACAAAUCAAGGGUUACGCCUUCACCACCAACGGUUGGGUGCAAUCUUACGGUUCCAGAUACGUCAGACCACCUAUCAUUGUCGGUGACUUGUCCAGACCUGAAGCUAUGUCCGUCAAGGAAUCCGUAUACGCCCAGUCUUUGACCAAGAAGGUCGUCAAGGGUAUGUUAACCGGUCCAAUCACCUGUUUGAGAUGGUCUUUCCCAAGAGACGACGUCGACCAGAAGACUCAAGCUUUCCAAUUGGCCUUGGCUUUGAGAGACGAGGUUAACGAUUUGGAAGCUGCUGGUAUCAGAGUCAUCCAAGUCGACGAACCUGCUCUAAGAGAAGGUUUGCCAUUGAGAUCUGGUGCUGAAAGAGACUCCUACAAGGUCUGGUCUGCUGAAGCUUUCAGAAUUGCCACUUCCGGUGUCGCCAACAAGACUCAAAUCCACUCCCAUUUUUGUUACUCAGACUUGGAUCCAAACCAUAUCAAAGCUCUUGAUGCGGAUGUGGUUUCCAUUGAGUUCUCCAAGAAGGAUGAUCCAAACUACAUUGCUGAAUUUUCCAACUAUCCAAACCAUCUAGGUCUAGGUUUGUUUGACAUUCACUCUCCAAGAGUUCCAUCCACUGAGGAAUUCAUCAGCAAGAUCGACACUAUCUUGAAGAGUUAUCCAGCUGAGAAGUUCUGGGUUAACCCUGAUUGUGGUUUGAAGACCAGAGGCUGGGAAGAAACCAGAUUGUCUUUGACUCACAUGGUUGAGGCUGCCAAGCACUUCCGUAACAAAUACACCAAAUAG